GGGGCUGCUUGGAGAGCAGGAGGAGGAGAGGAGCACAGGGCGUACUGUAUGUAACUCUUUUUUAAUCUUUCCUCUCUAUUUCGUUCUCAUUCCCAUUAGUUUUCAAUGUGAUAUUGAUUUGGCUCUCUGGGGGGCUCCGGGUGACACUGACUUGACGAGGAGGCCGACAGCAUCGCGUGAUUGGCAGGUGACGUGAUUGACGUCCACAAGGUGGCACAGGGAAGACGAGUGAAGAGGCAAGUGUGAAGGAACACUAGCAUGGCUCUGGAGAGCUUUCCUGAACUCCUGCAGAAACUGCGGGAAGUGCAUGAACACGAGUUAGAGGGAUGGCAAGAGAAAGUACUGGAGCUGACAAAUAAAAAGAAUAUCGAUGCAAAGCGCAUGGAAGAACUUUACAACAGGAACCAGCAGAUGAAAGAACAGCAUCGGAUUCUUACUGAGAACAUCAAACAGCUGGAGAACAGGUUGCGGGCCGGGUUGUGUGACAGGUGUACAGUCACUCAGGAUGUGGCUAAAAAAAGGCAACAGGAGUAUGAAAACUCCCAGCUCCAGAGUCUGCAGCACAUCUCUCUAAUGGUGAGUGAGAUGAAUGCACUAAAGAAAGAAAACAACAGACUAAGAGAGGAGCUGAAGGGCUUGAGGGAUCCAUCAAAUCAGCAGAACGGUCAUUCAGAAGAUGCAAUCACCCCAGAGGUCAAGGUGUCACCGGACUCGGCCGUGGCUGCUGUGACUUUACUGGCCUCAGGGCUGAAGUCCAGCCAGACUCCACCAGGGGACGCCACUGUGCCUGCAGCAUCUGUCAAACACAGCCCAACACACAGCCUGGAAAAAGCUUCUGAACACAAACUUAUGCAAAGCUGGGGCAGGGUGUUUUCAUUUGAGUCGAAUAAGCCCGUGUUGCCCAUCUCAAGAUGGGGCACAGACCACGGUGCUGAAAAAAGACCUUCCAGCGUGGACUCGGUUGAGCACAGACAGUCCCCUUUGUCUCCUUCUCUUCCAUCCCCUCUUAGACUACUGAAGAACAAUCCUAUUUUUUCUUCUGUUGGCUCUGAGGAACGUAGCAGCCGGCAACAAAUCCACACCCCCGUCCCCUUUCGACCACUUCCGAUCAAGACCGGUCGCUUGUCUAUCCCGUGGUCGCUCUCAGAAUCUACUGACUGGGUAACGGUAGCGGCUGGCGGCUCUGGUGUUGGUAGCGGGAUAGCCGUUCACCCAAGCCAGACCCCAAUUCCCAGCUCAAACAUACUGCGUUUCCCUAAACUGGUCCCACCAAGCAGUGGCCACCAGUCUCGCACACAUGGCCCAACACCUAGCGGUCUGAGGCCCUGGUCCCGCAGAAACCUGUCAGAGCAUGCAGAGAGUAGAGAAAAUAGAGUGACAGAAGCUGUUACAGCGCCGCCCCAGUGGAAGCCUUCAGCAGUGCAGCCAGAGAGGGUUUUUGGAGAGAAUCUGAGAGAGGAUGAAGAGGAAGCACCGUUAGACCUGUCUGAGUCGGGCCGUUCAAAAAGCAAAGAGAAAGAGAAAACACACUUACAGAGUUAUGUAUCUUCGUCUUCAUCUUCCUCACCACCUGCUACACUUUCAUCGUCAUCUCAAAGCCCAUCAAGCUCUCAAAGUGACCAGCAAACACCAGACAAUAAUACACAGGAGGAAGCACAGGAAACACAUCAGGAACUGGAAGAGGUAAAGGAAGGUGAAACAUCUCCAGCAGCUGAAACGUCUGUCAGCUCAGAGAAGAAGAAAAUCCCACCGCUAACCAUUUCCCUGCAACCAGUUGUGGUAAUGGAGACGCUUAAAUCAGGAGUACAGUUGUCUGAUCAUGGCAGCAGACCAAUGGAGCAAGAGGAGAAAGAGAACAAAAACCUUGAAACAAGCAGAAAAAGACUUGGGCAGGAUACUGAUGCUUUUUCCCAGUGCUCAGUAAAGGAGAAGAAAAUUCGUCUGAACCGGGGAAAAAAUGUAGACUCGGAGCAAGGAUGAAGGCAAUGGAUUCAGCUAUGAUCUAGUUGCUGUGGUUAUGCACACACCCAUUUUUCCUUCCACCCUUCGCUGCCAGUUUCCAAGUUCCAAUCUCUGGUGUUCGCUUUAGUUUUCCAGAAAAACCAACACUAGACUUCAGCUUCAUCUCUGUCAACAUAAUUCUCAUGUAUCAAAGAGAGAAUACAUAAUGCAGUCCAGACUGGAAUUAAAUAAGAUUUAUUAGUAGCAUGUGCAGCUAUAUCGUUAUACUGUACAUGGGUAAAUUUGUGCUGGAUGAAUUGGUUACUUCAUUGAUUAUGAAUGAAGUAUUAAAUCCACUGGAUAAUCCACUGGUGGUGGUUGAGAAGAGACCAUAAUCCCUCCCCAACCCCCUCCCAACACACAUGAUUGUAAAGCACUUUGAGUAUACAGCAAUACACAAUAAAGCGCUAUAUAAAUGCAUCAUUCAUUCAUUGAGUCAAUUUCCCAGCAAUCUUUAGCUGUAGCAAAAACAGGAAGUUUUAACUGUUAAUAAACUUAUCAGCUAGAUAUGUUUUAAUUUCCUCUGUUUCACUUUCUUUUGUAACAUCACAGGUUAUUAAUAAGCACAUAUAGCAUGAGUACAUAUAAUUGCUUGCUGUCUUGUGUUGUGAACAUUGUCAUGUCGGCUCUCAGUUUACUGUAUGUUCAUUCUCUCUAUCAUGUAAAAGGGGUCGCAUCUCGUCUAGUUUUGUCUCUGUCUGAGCACUACAGCCUGCUUCUUGCAGAUGUGAAGAAAAAAGAAAAACCAUCAGCUUCCCCUUUUGGUUUUUUUGAGAUGUCAAGCAUAUAUUUUGUAAUAGUGAAUUUUCCACUUGCAGCUGCAAAAGGAGGAAGGGUAAAACUUUGAUGAAAAAGGUAUACUUUUUGGAACUUUCUGUGCCGUCGUUUCAAAUUAGCUGUAAACCUUUCCUUUGCACUAUUUUUAGAUGGUUUUAAGUGAUCAUUUGGAGAUUAUCUAAUACUAAAAUACUCUGUAUCGUUAGUUCCUCAACUACAAAUAUCGAAUUACAUUCAAUUAUAAGAGCCUUGCAUAAACUGAUGGCUGUGGUCAAACUUUGUGAACGAUCACCCGUAGUGGUUUAGGAUGUGGGAAACACCUGCGUUGUUGCAGGAAGAGCGUAAAUCAUUUUCGUAAAUCAAGUGUCGUUGGAACAAUUCAGAAUUUUCUCUUGAAUAUGCCAAUCACCAUAACACUCGACCUGCUUAAUUUUGUAUACUGAACAAAGGUGUAUGAGUUUAAAGUACAAAGGUAGAAAUCUUAAUUAAAACCCUUGCAUCAA